UUUAAAAUGAAAAGUGGAAGAGAAAUAGUGAUUAUACUAGAGGACAGGAUGGCCUCUCUUCUCUCGUUAAACUCCUCUUCUUCCAUCUUCUCCAAAAAUCUCAACACCCAAACCUCUUCUAAAAUCCCAAUACCUCUCCGUUUCUUCUUCAACAAACCCUCUCUAUCACUUCAUUUCACUUCCGUAGGUCUACUUCAUCCAAAAUCCGUAUUCCACUGCUCAUCCUCUUCAUCUUCUUUCGAAUCCGAAUCCGAAUCCGCAUCAGAAUCUGAAUCCAAACCCAAUGCUUACCAGACCCAGGAUCCUAAUUCAAGCUCUUCCCCAGUUAUUGUCACCGACGAAUGGGGCGAAAAGACAGAACCAGAACCCGAAUACCCUUCAGCUUUGGACGCGGAUCCUCCAAAGGAUGAUGACGAGUGGGAGGAGGAGUAUGCUUCCGGGGGAAAUGGUAGUACCGGCGGUGGUAGCGCGGCGGUUGGUAAGGAUGAUAGAGUAGAGGAGUUGAAGAGGUGUUUGGUUGAUACUGUUUAUGGCACUAAUUUUGGUUUUGAGGCGAGCCCUGAAGUCAGAGGAGAGAUUUUGGAGUUGGUUAAUCAGUUGGAGGCUUUGAACCCUACUCCUGCCCCUGUCGAUGCUUUUCCCAAAUUUGAUGGCAACUGGGUUUUGUUGUAUACUGCAUUUUCUGAGCUAUUACCAAUUCUUGCUUUGAGUUCGGUGCCUCUGUUGAAAGUUGAAAAGAUAUCCCAAGCAGUUGAUACCAGCAAUCUUACCAUCACAAACACGGCUUCAUUGUCGAGUCCUUUUGCCACUUUCUCAUUCAGUGCAACUGCCGCAUUUGAAGUUCGAAGUUCUUCAAGAAUACAGGUUGAAUUUAAAGAAGGCACACUGCAUCCCCCAAAGAUAAACUCUAGGAUUGAUCUCCCUGUAAAUAUCGAUAUUUUAGGCCAGAAUAUCAAUUUAUCACCAGUGCAGCAAUCACUUAACCCUCUGCAGGACUUGGUGGCGAAUAUUUCAAGAACUAUUUCCGGGCAGCCGCCAUUUAAGGUUCCAAUUCCUGGUGACCGGUCAAAGUCAUGGCUUCUCGUUACAUUUCUCGAUGAGGAUGUACAGAUAUCCAGAGGAGAUGGUGGCCUUUUUGUUCUUGUUAAAGAAGGAAGUCCUCUUUUAGAUUUGUAAACAGAUAAGAUGAUAACUAUAUUUUUGACCUUUUAUUUCUUACAGACAAGAAACACAGCUUAGAAUGUAAAGAAGGCUGGUAAAAAAAAGAUUGCAAACUUGAAUUGAAAACCAUUAUUUUAUCCAGUAAAUUAUACUAUGUGAUAUUUGAUUC